AAUAUUUUUUAUUUCAGUUUUGUUACUUUACGAGAAAAUUUAAAACUUCAGAUAAAAUAUCAGGGUCAUAUUUACAGUGAGUGCCCCACCCUAGCAUCUGUGUCCCCCUAUUUUAUAACUCCAGAGAGUGAUGAUGGAGAAGGGAUUCAUCUGAUAGUUUGUGUACACGGUCUGGAUGGUAAUAGUGCUGACCUAAGACUAGUAAGAACCUAUGUUGAAAUGGCAUUGCCUGGUUACAGACUGGAAUUUCUCAUGUCCGAGAGAAAUCAGCAGGAUACAUUCAGUAAUUUUGAUGUAAUGACAGAUAGACUUGUAGAAGAAUUAUUAUCUUAUAUAGAUCUAUAUGGACUUCAAGCUUCUAAAAUUAGUUUUGUAGGUCAUUCUCUAGGUAAUAUAAUAAUUCGGUCAGCGUUGGCUAGGAAAGAGUUAGAACAUCUAUUACCUAGAAUGUAUACCUUUCUCUCUCUAUCUGGUCCACAUCUAGGUACAUUGUAUAAUACUAGUGGACUGGUCAAUAUGGGAAUGUGGUUUAUGCAGAAAUGGAAGAAAUCUGGAUCAUUACUGCAGCUAUCAUUAAAAGAUAACACUGAUCCUAGGAAAAGUUUUCUAUAUCAACUCAGUCAACGAUCAGUUUUACAUCAUUUCAAGAAUGUGGUGCUAGUAGGUUCCAAUCAGGAUAGAUAUGUUCCCUAUCAUUCAUCUAGAAUAGAAUAUUGUCGAGCUGCCCAGAGAGAUGCCAGUGUUAUGGGUAAGAUAUAUAAAGAAAUGGUAGAGAAUUUGUUACAGCCUAUAAUUGGUACACCUGACUGUAAAUUAAUACGUUAUGAUGUAUUCCAUGCCUUACCCAGUACAGCUAAUACCAUGAUUGGUAGAGCAGCUCAUAUUGCUGUCUUAGAUUCUGAAAUCUUUAUAGAGAAAUUCCUCACAGUGGCUGGUUUGAAGUAUUUCAAAUAA